AUGGAUCGCGGUGGACGACGUCGUCGUCGAAUGAGCCCACCGGGCACAUCGCCACCCCCUCCAGUUGAACGGAAAACUCGAACCAGUCUCCCGGCGCCCAGCACGUCUUCAGCCCCAUCAACAUCGGCGUUGACAAGGGGUGCUCCGUCUUCCGUUAGCAGUUCUGCGAUCGGUCGCACGCCUACACCCGAAGAUCGCCCGACCACGAGCAAGCGCAUUGAGACGCGCUCCUGGACGGCCGCACAGCAGCAGCAACAAGCUCAACCGCGCACCGCCACAAGCCCGCGCCCAGGGCCAUCGACUUCAUCAGCUGGACAAGCCCCGCCGCCGACUGACCGGCAAACUCGCAGAAGCGCCCGACUGCGCCAAAAUGUACUCGACGACCAGAUGAGCGCGCCGCCGACUCGUGGAGGAUCCAGAAGCCAGAAG